AUGCAUGCUACACAUGUCAUCUUGGAGAGACCAUGGCAAUUUGACAAAGACGUCACAUUCAAUGGAAGGGCAAAUACGUACGCACUUUUGCAUGAAGGCAAGCGUAAGGUCCUCACACCACUCACACCUGCACAAGUUUAUGAGGACCAACUAAAAUUGCAAAGGGAGUGUGACAUACACCGUCAAAAGCGAAAGCAAAAGACGGCCGACCCUGGCAAGAGCUCCACUUCUACAAGUGAGCCAUCGACCAAGGGUCAAGUGAGCACACCUAGUGUUACGCAUGCCAAAUCCCCCACUACACCUUCCACUAGGAAGCAAAACAUGAUCAUUAAGGCUAAGGACGUUAGAAAAGUUGUGAAUUCUGACCAGCCUGAAUUCGAGGAUGUAUUCCCUGACGAGGUCCCUGACGGCUUACCACCCAUUCGAGGGAUUAAACAUCAAAUAGACCUGAUUCCUGGAGCACCCCUACCCAACAAACCAGCUUACCGCAUGGGUCUUAAGGAGAAAAAGGAGCUUCAAAGCCGCAGUGAACUUGAGCAUUUGGAGCAUGUGAGACUAGUUCUUGAGACACUUCGAUAG